AUGGGCGGACUUAACCUCGAAGUUUUCAAGUUCGGGAUGUACCUGCUCUUCCCCAUCGGCAUCAUGUACCACUUUGGCACGAACCUCGACAGCCGAUUCGCAGUAGAGGGCUUCUGGCCCAAGCCCGAGGAGACGAACAAGGUGCCGCACUCCAAGGAGGAGAUCAAGGCCGAGUACGAAAAGAUUGUCGCGCGGCAGCGGGUAUUGAUGGAGAGGAGGGCGAUGCAGGAGGCGUCGAGGCCGGAGGGCGGCGCGUCCACGACGCAGGAAUAG